GGUAUUACAUUGAUGUAACAAGCAUUCCUGCACUCGCGAUUAAAAGAAGAAUAAACCGAUUGGAAAUGUUGAGUUCAAAAAGUAUUUUUGCAUAUCUGGUAAGUCGUAAUUUCUACCAAUUGAAGUUCAUUGUCACCUUUAUUAUAGCUUGUUUUCAGUAAGCCUUUAUAAAUAAAAUAUUUAGUUGGGGAUGACUUCAAAUGAGCAAGCAGUUAUCAGAGCAAGCAAAUUAUCUUUACAUGAUAACUACUCUUUCUGAAAUAUAAAAAAGACCUCAAUGUUUCGAGCAAAGAUCUUUUCUUAAUGGAAUGUAACAAACUAACUGACUCUCACCUAUAGAGUUACAAACUCUUAAAACAAAAUGCCUUUGCUCAAUGAGAGAUACAUCAAGUUCGACACUUUGUCAUCCUUGCAAGUUCAGGGCCCCCUUAAUUGAUUCCGGCCCCCUGGCUUGAGCCAAGCGGCGCCCAAAGGAGUCACGCCACUGUUUAGAAGUAGCAAUAGUCAGUGAAUUCGCAUAAAAAGUUUUAACUUUUGGCGUGGUUAUGAGCUAUAAAAAUGGUGUAAAAAUUGUCUUGCGCAGAAAAGUUUACCACCAUGAGUGGAAUCGCAUUUCUCUGAAAUUUACCUAUGCGGGAAAUUUUAGUUUUGGGAUUUUGCUGCCAAGAAAAGAAAUAUAUUUUGUAGGUUUGACUCAGUGCUUCAUACUAAUUGUUACGUAUGGCUGCACUUAGAGUAGUAUUCUUGGAUGACUGCAUGCCUUUACAUGUUCAAUGGACCAUUCCCCAAUUAACCAAAAUUUUGAACUCAACAAGUCUAGACAAAAAUUUCAUCACAGCUUCAAAGAGCAUCACAAAAUUAGUAAUAUUCUAAAGUUUCGUUGCAAAAUGUUGUAAAAUGCGGCUAAUAUACGUCUGUAGCCUUGCAAAAUUUGCAAUUUUCAGUCAUUUUAGAUUACAAACGGGAAAUAGUUACCACUUCUGUUCGUAAUACAAAAUGACUGAAAAUGACAAAUUUCGCAAGGCUAUAUUAUCCGCAUUUUUACAACAUUUUGCAACGAAACUUUGGAAUAUUACUUAUUUUGUGAUGCUCUUUCAAGCUGUGAUGAAAUUUUUGUUUUGGCUAGUUAAGAUCAAAAUUUUGGAAAAGUGGCAACCAUUUCCCGUUUGUAAUCUAAAAUGACUGAAAAUUGCAAAUUUCGCAACGCUAUAUUAUCCGCAUUUUACAACAUUUCGCAGCGAAACUUUGGAAUAUUACUAAUUUUGUGAUGCUCUUUCAUGCUAUGAUAGAAAAUUUGUCUAGACUUGUUGAGAUCAAAAUGUUGGUUAAUUGGCAAAUGGUCCAUUGCACAUAACUUGCCUUUAGGUGUUCCUAUAACAGCUAGAGAACCAAAAUCCCAGAAAGAUGAGAAUUUGUUGGCUACAUAGAAAAAUCAAUAUAGAAUGCGUAUGUCUGGCAAAUCACGAAAACAACACAAAAUACGUGUGAAUCAUUUAGUGCGAAGAUUUUAAUUUUUAGUGUUCAAGCGAAACAAUUCAUUGCAUUAAUUUUGCCAAGAAACAUGAAACGUACAAAAAAGUGCCAAGUUACCCGUUUCCAUAUACAGCUAAUCCAAUUAAGGUUGUACUUUCAAAGUCAAAACCACGAAACCAUCGCAUAAAACACGAUGGACAUACAUACAGUAUGUAAUUGAUAGUCCGAACACUCCGUAGUUACGCGGUUGCUACGUUCCCCAAGUCGUUUUGGUACCGGCAUUUCCGUUGAUUUUUGUCUUCCUCGGAUUUUAUUUGUCCGCCUAACCCAAUUCAAUAGCAAACUUGGCAGAAUUCAGUGGAUUUUUAAACUUUUUAAAGUUGGCAUAAAUGUGCUGAUAUGUAUGCAUAAAUAUUCUCAUAAUAAUAAAUUAAUAAUGCUUUGCGCGUUUAGUGGUCAAACUUUGGCGGUUUUCUCUGGACAACCUUCAUUGAAUUAGCUGUAUACAGAACGCUUGCUGAAAAAAACAGAAACUAUAUAUUGCUAUUACACAGCAACGAAUUAUAAACCUCCUGGUAGGAACCGAACCUUCGCCCCUGCGAUUCUGCUGCAGCGUAUACGUUUUACUUUGACUUUGCGCAAAACAUCUCUACAAAAUGUUAGUGGAAACUCAGUUACCAUAUGAAUAUUUCAUGUUAUUGUUUAGAAUUGAUCAAGACAAUGAUGGAUCCAGUAAAAGCCAAAGCUAAUUAUUCGAGAGUAUGUCAACUUUUGGUUGACAAAGGAGGCGAAGCGUUAAGAGGAGCUUUACAUGCAAAACAUCCGCCCUCCACUUUAGCUGCUGUAUUAAAUCCCAACAAAACAACAUUAAAGAAGAUAAGGUACAGUGUAAUUAAACCAUCACAAUGGGACUUACUCUUUCCAGUUUCGGGCACACCAGAUUCAAACAAUUUUGAUAUCACUUUAUUGACCAUCCUACUCAGAAAUAUUUGUGGCUUGACUUCACCAGCAGCAGGAUGGAGUGUUAUGCCAGUCGCCAGCGAUACCUCUAUAUCUGCUGAUAUUUUAAGAAUCAAAAUUUGCAGAAAUGAGGUCUAUGGUCAUAUACCGACUGCCCAAUAUGACGACACCACGUUUGAAACAUUAUGGCAGAAAAUUGCAAAACCUUUGAUCAAGUUAGGAAUUCCUCAACAAGAUAUUGACGAAUUAAAGGAAGCUCCUCUCAGUCCUGAAGAAGAAAGUUAUAUUGAAAAAUUAAAGGAAUGGAAAGAACUAGAGGACGAUCUUUUGUCAAAACUAAAGGAUCUUGAAAGAGGAGUUCUCAAUGUGCAAAAUGAAGUUCUUGAGUUACGAACGAUAGUUGAAAAUGUGGUGCCCUCACAAGUCGACCAACUGGCUAAGUUUGACUACACUGGCAAAAUUGAUCGGCUUUGUAAAAAGUUUCAAAAUGGCACUAGAGAAUGGUUCUUUGAUAAGCUGUCAAGUUGGUUUGAUGAUGAAGAAUCCAGAGUUAUGAUCCUGACUGCAGGUCCUGGCGCUGCGAAGAGUGUUUUGUCUGCGAAGGUUUGUGAGCUGUACAAACAACGCGGUCAACUAGCCGGAUACCAUUUUUGCGACUGUAUAGAAAUGCUGAUUCAAGAAAUCCUCACAGAAUUCUCCAGUCUCUUGCCAGUCAAAUGUGCGACAAUGUUGAUGGGUUUCGCGAUAAACUGACUGAAGUUCUUCGUCGUGAACAUUCUCGAGAAUCACUAUCAGACGCAUUUCGUGUUCUUUUAAACAAUCCAUUACAUGCCCUCGACCGGCGUGAACCAAUGAUGAUCGUUGUGGAUGCUUUGGACGAGAGUAAAACUGAUGACAAAAGUGAAUUUUUGGAGUUAAUAUCAGAGGAAUUUAUUGAAUUACAGGAAUGGAUUAAGAUAUUUGUUACGAGUAGACCAGAGCUGCAACUACGGAAGAAACUUCGACAUUUUAAUCCCGUGGAAAUUCUUCCUGACGAUCGCCAUCGCAAGCUCGACUUAGAGCAUUUCAUUCACCAUUGUUUACCCAACAUGAAUCAAGGUAAUGUAAGUUCACUUAUUUCGAAGUGCGAAGGUUCGUUUCUGUACGCUUAUUACUUGGUCACUGCGUUAAAAAAAAUGGAUUUGGGAAUUGAACCCAACUUAAAUGAUUAUCUCCCCAAAGGUAUUUCUGGGUUUUACGAAAAACAGUUCGAACGUUUGAAAACAGGCCUCCAAAGUUCUAUCCCAGAUACAUGGUCAUCGGUCUUUAAAAGUUUUUUAAAUGUUGUUGCUGCUUCUAGGGAACCCCUUCCAAUGAAGAUUCUUGUUUCAUGUAUGGGUUUGGGUUUGUCCAGUGAGGAGUAUGUAAUGCGCGAGACGAUUAUUGGAAUAAUGUCAGAAAUUCUUCCACUUUACAACGAUUGCCUAACUGUUUACCACAAGUCCUUGUGGGACUGGCUGACAUUAGAUGGGUAUGAGGAGCAUGCGUUUGUAGGAGAUGUUACAGACGGCACCAAGCGGCUCUGGCGUGCCUGUGACGACAUAUACAGCGAUAUUGAUUCGUUAGGUGCAGUUACAGAUUUUCAAAUAUCACCUGAGAAAAAGUACGCUUUGAAGAAUGGUGGGAAAUAUUUGUUGGAUGUUGGUGUUGCGGAGGAUUUUCACUGGCUGGUGAAUGUUAGACUAAAUUUUUUGAAACUAAAAUGUUUUGACAGUCUGAAUGUUAGUAUUUCUGGUAUUCUUAAAUUUUAUAAGAUUAAAGAUCCCGAUUAUCAUUAUUGGAGCAAUAUUCAUCUCCUUGCUUUUUCGGAAAUUUUGAGCGAUCAUCUUUUGAUGGAAGGUCAAUAUUACAAGAGAAAAUUUUACAUUUAUUUGCAAUCUCUUGCAAACGGGUAUUUUGAUGUUGUACACAAGACCAUUGAUUGUAAAACUGAAGCCAGAGAUAUUUUAGAAGAAACAAAUGAGGUUUGGGUAGAAGAAAUAGAAAGGGAAAUAUGUUCUAAUUUUAAAAUUGUUUCUCAUGCCAUCGUGGGAAAUGAAGUAUCAUCACUUGCGAAAAUAUUCCGCCCAAGGGCAUUAUCACCAGACAAUAAGCUUCUAGCAUACAGAGGUGAACGGACAACGGAAGUGUUUGCAUUUCCAGGUCUUACUAUGGUUUUUGAUCUGGAAAUGAGCAAGUUAUGCCCUCUACAGUUAUCCCAAUUUCUGAUAUUUUCUCCCGAUUCUGCGUAUCUUUUAUGCAAUUCAAUGAGGUCUUGCAUCUCUAUUAGAGAACAAAAAGAAGUGCCGUUUAUUCCACAUGGCCCUGAAGAUGUUGAUUGCUGUUCAUUUUCUUCAUGUGGAAUGAAAUUCGUAACAUCUGAAAAAAACCUGAUUAAAGUGUGGGAUGUAAAAAAGAAAAAUAUUUUAGUGCAAGUUAGGACUGAGGUUGACAUAGAAUAUUGCAUGUUUAGUAACUGUAACUCGUAUAUUCUUGCUCGACCUGUAAUGCUCGACCUGAAAGCAUUUGAUUUCAGUGAUAUUGCACUCUUGGAAUCUAGAACGUUAGAAAGGAUAGAUCUUGACAACAUCAGUUGUGCAAACACUUGCCUGACAAAUGAAGAUUCCUAUCAAAUUAUUUCACCGUCAGACCGCAAUAUUUUUAAUUCCUGUGGUAAAUUUGAAAUUCGUCAUUUCCACUGGCCAAGCGGUGAAAUAGAUCUGAUUGCAAAUAAAUAUUGUUCAAAACCUUUUUCAUGGAAAGAUAGAAAAUGUGUUAUAUUCAACUCUUCGCUUUUUUCGCGAAUAGUAGUAGUGUACGACGUUAUAAACCAGGAAGUCAUGCAGUUGUUUAAUAUUAAUUGUUUACCAAUAAAAAACGCUUCUGUCGAUUACAUGGCAAAGUUAGAUGCCGAAUUUUUUCGUUUGUUUAAGUCAUGAUCAAGUAUUUGUUCUAUCGCUUGAAACUCCUACAGAAACUUCUGUUGUUCGUUAUGUCUACACUCCAGAUAUAAGAUGUUAUGCAUUGUCUCCAGACAACUUGUAUGUCGCGUGCUGUGACACAAAUCGCAUUUUGGAAAUCAAAAGUGUUGAUAAUGGGAAAAUAUUGCAAACUGUUGUAGUGAAACAACCACCGGAAGCUUGCUGGUGGUCAGAGUUGUAUCUUUGGGUGGUUUGUAAAGGAGUGGUGGUAAAAUAUCCUUAUAAUUCAACACAAAGAAACGUCUUGGGAGAUGAACUUGAGGAAUCUGCUAUAAAUUUUCAAAGUGUCCUGAAAUUUUCAAAAGGUGUAUUUGUUAUUCGACUCAGUGACAAUGAAGAAAUUUCUCUUCUAAAAGUUUGCAACCAAAUGCUUUAUCCUCAACAAAUUCCUGAGUCAAAUUUCAAUGCCACUUCAGUUGCAGUAAGUUCAGAUGGAUGUGCUGUUCUCUUGUAUCAUGAAUCCAGUUCAGAUUAUCAGUUGUGGGAGAUAGCAAGUGAGAACAG